UCCGCGGAGCACCAAGUGAGGACCAAGGCACAAGAGGCGGACGCAGCAGCAGCAGCACUGGCGGAGCGAGCAACAGAGGAGGAGCAGGGCGAGAGGGCAGCAGACCCCCUGAAGGGCCUUUUUGACCCCGCUUCCUGGUUGCCAAAGUCAGAUUCAGACCAGACCAGCAACGGCGCCAGCAACGCCAGUGACAGCAGCAGCAGCAGCAGCAGCAGUGGUGAUUCAAGCAACAGUGGCAGCAGCGCGAUAAGCAACGGUUACGAUGUUACCACAGGCACGGGAGUUACCUCUCUUCCGCCUGACGCUCCACCUGAGCUUCAGGAAGCGAAUGCCAGGGUGGAGACCUUAUCUGCCCAGCUGGCAGAGGCGCGUGAGUGGCUCGCUGAGCUGGAAGCGUCCAGCAGCCAGGUCCUUGCUGACGUGGCGUCACGGACGGCCGAGAUCGAAGCGCUGAAACGCAGAGAGGCCCUCUGGGAGGAGGAGUUGGAGGCAGCUAAGGUGAAAGAGACAGCCAUGAGGGAAGAGCUGAGGGUGAAGCAGACAGGGGGGGUGCAGCAGGUGCGCGUGUUGGGAGAGGUGGAGGAGGAAAUUUCAGCUCUGAAAUUAAAGGUGGCAGAGGGAGAGGAGAGGAACGCCGAGGUGGAGAAGGAAAUCGGGGAGCUUCGGGCACAGGUGGACGAGGCAAAGGGGCAGCUUAGGAAUGAACGAGCAGUGGCAGAGGAGGCAGAGGAGAGAGUAGCAGCGGCGAACGAGAAAGUGCGGGAGGAGGUGGAGCGGGCGGCACGGGCGCGGGCGGCGGCGUGGACGGCAGCGGAGGAGCGGAGGGCGGUGGUUCAGGAGCUGGCGGUGGUGCGCACGGGGCGGAAGGAGGCGGCGGCGCGGGCGGCAGUGGAGAGAAUAGAGGAGCUGCAGGUGCAGGCGGGGCUGCUGGCAGAACGGGUGAAGCAGGCUGAGGUGGUGAGCGUGGAGGCUGACAGCCGUGCCGGGGCGCUGGAGGCACAGAUGGCGGUGCUGGUAUCACGCACGGCAGCAGCACAGCAGAGAGCGAGUGCAGCAGCGGCGCGAGUGACGUUCCUGAGUGGGCGCUUCAACACACUCGAGAUGACCGCUGCUGAGGCCGCUCGCAGGGCGGAGCGGGUGGAGAGCGAGGUGGUACACCUGCAGGGGCGGGAUGCUGAUGCUGCUGCUGCCGUGGCUGCCAAUACCGAGGCUAUCAGCCGCUUGUCGCUGGAGGUAAGUCGCUUCUCUCCAUUUUUCCUUUCCUGCUCUCUCUCGCCCUCCCCACUUGGCACUUCUUUCACCACUGCCCACCAACUUCUCUACCCCCCCCCUGUUCUCAUCCCUUCUCCACUACCCUCCCCCUUCCAUUCCCCUCCCUCGCACCCCCAGGCCAUGCAUCUCAAGGACAGCGAGGCGGCCCAAGCCCAGCGCGAGGCGGCCCUGUCAGUGCACCUGCCGGCGGCGGAGCAGCAGGGCGAGGAGCUGCGGGCGCAGGCCGCCGUCUUCUCCGUCCAGCUGGCAGCCAUGGCGCGCCACGUCACCCGGCUCAAAGCUGAGCUGGACUGGGUGGACGCGCACGGGCGGAGGCGCGAGGCAGGCUCAGCACUCUCAGCACUCUCGGAGGAGCAUGGCACAGACACGGAGGAAGCAGGGCGGCAUUGGAGCCUCUCUUUGGACACAGACGCCUCUUCCCUCAGCACUCUCAGCCCUCUGGGCCCUCUGAAUCCCCUCGCGGCGCUGGCGCCACUGGCAGCGGUGGCGGAUGCGGCACAGAGCGUGGCGAGUUCAGUGGGGGUGGAGGUGGGAGGAGGAGGAGGGGGCGGGGGUGCGGAGGGGAAUGAGGAGUGGGUGCGGCGGGAGGUGGGCGUGCAGGGCGCAGCGGUGGCGGCGGAGGGUGAGCUGGAGGGACAGAUGGAGGGCGUGGAGGACCCUCUGGAGCUGCUCAAGGUACUAAUGGACCGGGUAUCGGAGGAGGCAUCAGCCAUCACGCACCGCAGUGCCCACCUGGUGUCGGAGGCCCAGCAGCUGAGAGAAGCACUGGACGCACAGCUGGCAGAGCAGGACGCCGCCUGCCAGGUGGACGGGCGCCCGCUGAGGGAGGUGGUGGGGGAGGUGGAGCAGCAGGCGGCGCAGCAGCGGGAGGAGCUGCUGCAGCAGGCGGGCGCGCUGCAGUGGGCGCUGGGGGGGUCCCUGGCGCUGGCUGUGGUGGCGCCGCUGGCCAUUCACAACAGCUACUUCUCUGAGACGGCCCGAUCCAACCAGAUCAACACCCUGUCGGCCCAGCUGGAUGCAGCCACACAGGCCAGCAGGGCACUGGAGCAGGUAGCAGGGGAGACAGAGACAGAGAGCGUACUGGCAAUGGAGAGGUUACACGCCAUGGAAGCAGAGGUGGAGGCCCAACGCGCCGCCGUUACGCGGUUACAAUCGCUCGUGCCCCUCGUGGCUCCCUCGGUGGAGUCUGACGAGGCUGCCCGGUUCUGCCAGAACGUGCCGCAGGAGUAUCAGUCACCAAUCACGGAGCAGAUUUGUGACGGGCUGAGGCAGAGUGGCAGGGUGGAGGCUAAGAGGGGUGAUGGUCCGUCGGGUGGCAAUGGGGCGGCACAAGGAGGGCGGUUUGGGUUCAGCAACCCUUUCAAUCUUGGCUGGAAGCGGUGGUGA